CAAAUUAAAAGCCACGAAAGCUCUAGGCAAAGCCACCUCCCACCACAUCCACCAUCUCUCUCUCUCUCUGCUUUUCUUCUCUCCUCUGCUUUCCGUUUACCACAACUCUUCAAUUUUGAGUUUUAGAUCCAUAAAAAAAUUACAUAUAAUUUAUCCUUUGUUUUGCGCUCUGAUAUGGAACGGACCAUCGGUGGAAAGUACAAGCUUGGCCGCAAGAUCGGCAGUGGAUCCUUCGGUGAAAUAUAUCUAGCUACUCAUAUCGAUACGUUUGAGAUCGUUGCUAUUAAGAUAGAGAACAGUAAAACAAAGCAUCCACAGUUGCUUUACGAGGCGAAGUUAUAUAAUAUUCUUCAAGGAGGAAGCGGUAUUCCUAGUAUCAAAUGGUCAGGAGUAGACGGGGAGGACAAUGCACUUGUGCUAGAUUUGUUAGGACCGAGUCUGGAGGACCUGUUCGUGUAUUGUGGGAGGAAGUUCUCACUCAAGACUGUGUUAAUGUUGGCUGAUCAAAUGAUUACCAGGAUAGAAUAUGUGCACUCUAAAGGAUUUCUGCACAGAGAUAUAAAACCUGAUAACUUUCUCAUGGGUCUUGGUCGAAAGGCAAAUCAGGUUUACAUAAUUGAUUUUGGGCUUGCAAAAAGAUAUCGAGAUGCAACAACCAAUCGUCAUAUUCCUUACAGGGAGAACAAAAACUUAACAGGAACUGCACGAUAUGCCAGUUGCAAUACUCAUCUUGGAAUUGAACAAAGUCGGCGGGAUGAUUUAGAGUCACUUGGCUACGUGCUGCUAUAUUUUCUGAGAGGAAGUCUUCCAUGGCAGGGUUUAAAAGCUGCCACAAAGAAGCAGAAAUAUGACAAAAUAUGUGAAAAGAAGUUAUCAACUCCUAUUGAGGUUCUGUGCAAAUCCCAUCCUGUGGAGUUUGCUUCAUAUAUGCAUUACUGCCAUUCACUGACAUUUGAUCAACGGCCUGAUUAUGGAUUCUUGAAGCGCUUGUUUCGUGAUCUAUUUUCCCAUGAAGGAUAUGAAUUUGAUUAUGUGUUUGAUUGGACAAUCAUAAAGUAUCAGCAGGCACAAAAGAAUAGAUCUCAACCUCGAUCAUCGCCAAAUCCUGGGGCAUGUAGCAGUCAUGCAGUGCAGACAGACAUGGAGAAUCAUCAAGGAAGUCAUAAUGCCUGUUAUUCAUCUGAGAUCAUGCGAUCAACUGGUCCUGGCAUACGCAUGCAAUCCAAAUCAGGGUUGGGAAAGAAUCUGAUUUCUGAUAUUCAUCCUGACAAGAACAUUGUGAGUGAACACAUACCCUCCACUUCAUUUCAAGUUGGUGGGACAUCAAAACGACAUGCCUCAAAGCCUGUUCUGCCAAAUGAAAGUGCUAACCCUGCUCAUGGACACAACAAUAAAAUUGGUCCUUCCAGUAGCUGGAUAUCAUCAUUGCAACGCAUUCAUUCUGCAAAGUGAGCAAGAUGGUGCUGAUGAAGAGAAAUGAGAUGAGCAUUGGUAUGGCCCUUGCUUUUCCUUUUUGUAACACUUCGUAAUUGCAGCCUUAUUUUGGCCUUCUUUUUUUCUGUCUUGUGUCUUUUUCUUCUGCCUGCAUUUGAGAUGUGACUCAUCUGUCCUUGUCUUGAUUUUUACCUUCCUGUGUUCUAAAAAUAUAAUUUCCUUGAUUGCCCAGGUUCGCCGAAAAUCAUAAGUUUAUUCAGUUCUAUUAAGUUGAUGUGCACAAGGUUAUAUGAACUGUAGCAAAUCGAUAUUCAUGCUGUAAACAGUUCUAAUCGUCUCUCUAUUAUUAGCUCAUACUUGGUAAUUUGCUGGAGUAUUUUUUUUCUCUCCUACAGCAUCCAAAGGAAUGAAUAUAACCAAGAAUUAUCAUGCAGGGAUGGCAAUUGAAGACCAUAAAACAGAUGUUCCUUGAUGUUUAUCAUUACUUGGGUUGGAAGAGGUUGCCUGACUGCUGACCAGGGAAGGUGUUAGAGACAUUUUCCUUCUGGUAUAUUUGGUGGAUCUACGUUUCUGCAAGUUGGUAGUUGCUUCAGCAUGUUUGUGCUGUCAGGUUGCAUCUUUAAUGCAACUGACAAAUUGUGAAAUUGGUCAUUUUCUUGUGAAAGUAGAAAUAAGCCUUUGCCAUGAUAAAGCCAAGGCGCAUCAGAUGUAAGAAUCAUUAUGUAGGUUGGGCUGGUUGAAAUUGCUCAAAGAACGGAGCCAGCAACAUGAUCUGCUUAUUUUGGUAAUCAUAUGAUUUGAAAUUGCGGCUUCUAGUCAAAGCCGCGGAAUACAGGAUGGGGAAUGGCAUAGUGGUGUAUUCUCAGUUA